GUUAGUAGUUAUUGAAAAAUUGAACUGAGUUGAGUGAAAAUGUUUCAUUUUUGUAUUUUAACAAUCUUGACUUUGGGAAAUUUAGUUUCUGGUCAAGAUACCACGAAUUUUGAUGGAACAUGUCCUGAAUAUUGCGAACCCGUCGAACUUAACAUUACCAGUGAUAUGUUGACAGGAGUUUGGUUUCUUCAAUAUUUUAUUCCUUAUUAUUAUGAGGUAAAUGCAAAAUGUAUGUAUCUUAACAACACAGAGAUUGGAGAAAAUCAGCUUAAUUUUGAAAGGCCUUUUAGAGACACGGACACAAAUGAACCAACUUCGAUUUUUGGUGAAACAGAUUUUGAAAGCGAUGGCUCAAUAAUUUAUAAAUUAAUUGAAUUGGGUCUUCCAAUUGAAUCUCAAUAUGUUGUUGUGACUCCAGAGCUGAUCGUGGAAAUCGCUUGUCACGAAUGCGGGUUUUAUGAAAAGAAAGGAUCAGGAUUUUACGCAAAAAUUUACACAAGGCUUCCUUUCCCUAGUUGUGACUUGUUGGAUUAUGCUAUCGACACAUUAUCAACAUUAUCGGCAGAAAAUAAUAGCACCAAAGACGAGCCAACUUUUCUUCUAGAACUUCAAGAUGCAUUAAGUGUUGUUGACACAAACUUUAAAAAUGUUGAGUCUUCAAUAAACGUUUUGAAUGUCCCAUCGGGACCUUUGACUUUAGGCAACACAGGAUAUUUAAAUCAUGAAGCAGAUCCAGAUCGCCAAGCGGCUUAUACAGAACUUGUCAAUAGUUAUAAGUGGUAUGAGAAGACUCAUCUCUACUCAGCUCUCGCCAACACAAUGCUUUCUCACAAUUCCUUAAAGCGUUCACUCUUCUCAAGUUCAAACAAAAGACGAUUAAUUACGCCAAGCGCUCAUAUUGCUCCUCCAAGACUAGUCGAUCAAAUCAUCAGUUCAAUGAAUGUUAACAACAUGACAAUUAAAAUUUAUCGACCAUUUGCUACAAAUGCUUUCCUUCAUAUAAAUUUGAGUCGUGUUUUAAAAGCUGCAAUUAUCUUACGUGGUCUGAUGAUUGAAUGGGUAACAGUUAAAGGCUUCAACGAAACACUUGAUAAUGUUGAUGAUCACUGGGUUGAAUCUCGUUAUGCAGUCUUCAGAAAAAUUCAAGAUCAUGCACAUUGCGCGAUGCUUCAUUUUUAUUCACCAACAUUUGCAGAACUUGCCAUUCGUAGCUUCAUCACAUGGUUUGGAAGCUAUUCAAAUAUUUUCUCAGAACCAUGUAAAAAAUGCGAAAAAUUUUUGCUCAACAACCUCCCACCAACUUAUCGUGAUUUUCGAUCUCUUGAACCAUUCCAUGAGGAAUGCAGGCAUUAAAAAAUAAUCAAUAUAAAAUAAAGAUUGAAAUUUU